AAAACUUGCACUGGGUUGUGAUGAAAGGUCAUCAGACUGAAGUGUCACCUAUUUCACCGCCUAAGCUGUCUGAUUCGCUGAGUAUCUGCAGCAUUUUCUUUACUUAAGUUUUCCAGAAUCUGUUGCUGUCUCCUACAUUUUAAUUACACAUGGGUGGCUUGAAGUAACACCGUCCCUGGCUCACAGUUCAUCAUGGCGAAUUUAUUCCGUGGUGCGAUGUGCUGCUCUUUACCAUUACUGCAGAACGGACCAGCUGUAACUGUUAAGCGUGCAGCGUGUAAACGUUACUUUAAGACUUACCGAGUGUUGUGGAACCAGCAAGCAGUUAAAGGUGUUCGUUACAAAGAUUUGGUUGUUGGCGUUCCGAAGGAAAUUUACAAGAAUGAGAAAAGGGUAGCAGUGUCUCCUGCAGGUGUCCAAGCCCUUGUCAAUCAAGGUUUUACUGUGAAUGUAGAGGCAACAGCUGGUGAUGGUGCCAAAUUCUCCGAUGACCAAUAUAGAGAGGCUGGGGCCACGAUUAAAGAUACAAAAGCUGUUUUUGGAUCAGAUAUUGUCCUAAAGGUCAGGGCUCCUGUUUUCAAUGAGACCUUGGGAGCACAUGAAGCAGACCUGCUAAAGGAGAAAUCUACUCUUGUCAGUUUCAUUUAUCCUGCUCAGAACGCUGAACUAAUGGAUAAACUUGCUCAGCGAAAGGCCUCUGUCCUGGCUAUGGACCAGGUUCCUCGCGUUACCAUAGCACAGGGUUAUGAUGCCCUUAGUUCCAUGGCUAACAUCGCAGGGUACAAGUCUGUUGUAUUGGCAGCAAACCAUUUUGGUAGAUUUUUCACAGGUCAGAUAACAGCAGCUGGGAAAGUACCUCCAGCAAAGGUCUUGGUUAUUGGAGGUGGUGUUGCUGGUUUGGCGGCUGCUGGUGCUGCAAAAUCAUUGGGAGCCAUUGUUCGAGGUUUUGACACGAGAGUUGCAGCUCUGGAGCAAUUUAAAUCUUUUGGAGCAGAGCCUCUUUAUGUUGAUGUGGAAGAAUCUGGCGAAGGGACUGGUGGAUAUGCUAAGGAGAUGUCCAAAGAAUUUAUUGAAGCAGAGAUGGCACUGUUUGCUAAACAGUGUAAGGAAGUGGACAUUAUCGUUACUACAGCACUUAUUCCAGGGAAAAGGGCGCCAGUCCUAAUCACCAAGGAGAUGGUAGAAACAAUGAAGGAUGGUUCCGUGAUCGUUGAUCUUGCAGCUGAAGCUGGUGGAAAUGUAGCUACAACAAAGCCUGAAGGGGUGUAUGUUCAUAAGGGAGUGACCCACAUAGGCUACACAGACCUGCCGAGUAGAAUGGCCACACAGGCCAGUAGCCUGUACUCAAACAAUGUCCUGAAGUUGUUGAAGGCAAUAAGUUCUGACAAGGAAUACUUCUACUUUGAGCCCAAGGAUGAAUUUAAUUAUGGUACAGUUGACCAUGUUAUCAGAGGCACUCUGGUAAUGCAGGAAGGCAAAAACCUGUUUCCCGCACCCCAGCCUUUACGUGUUCCAGAGACUGGACCUGUUAAACAAAAAUCUGUUUUAGACAUUGAAGCAGAAAAGCAGGCCAAGGUUUCUCCUUUCGCAACGACGAUGACCUCUGCCAGUGUCUAUACAGCAGGUUUGGCUGGAACAUUGGGAUUAGGAAUAAGCUCUCCAAAUGCUGCUUUUACUCAGAUGGUCACAACGUUUGGCCUAGCAGGCAUAGUAGGCUAUCACACCGUGUGGGGUGUUACUCCAGCUCUCCACUCACCACUGAUGUCAGUAACGAAUGCUAUCUCGGGACUUACAGCUGUAGGCGGUCUAGUCCUAAUGGGAGGAAGUUACUUGCCAUCAAGUGCUCCUCAAACACUUGCCCUGUUGGCUGCAUUUAUAUCAUCGGUUAACAUCGCAGGUGGUUUCCUUAUUACGCAGAGGAUGUUGGAUAUGUUCAAACGUCCCACAGAUCCACCUGAAUAUAACUAUCUUUACUUGAUACCUGGAGCAGCAUUUGUUGGUGGCUAUGGUGCUGCUUUGGCCAGUGGAUACAACAUAGAGCAGAUGAUGUAUCUUGGUUCGGGCCUGUGCUGUGUCGGUGCAUUAGGUGGCCUUUCUGCACAGAAAACAGCCAGACUGGGAAAUGCGCUGGGCAUGAUUGGUGUAGCCGGUGGUCUGGCUGCCACCCUGGGCGCAGUUAAACCCUCACCAGAGCUCCUCGGUCAGAUGUCGACUGCCAUGGCAAUGGGUGGAACUAUAGGUCUCACCAUUGCCAAACGCAUUGAAAUAUCUGACCUUCCCCAGCUGGUCGCUGCAUUUCAUAGUUUGGUUGGCCUGGCAGCAGUGCUCACCUGUGUUGCUGAGUAUAUGAUUGAGUUCCCACAUCUGGAUACUCACCCCGCAGCUAAUCUGAUUAAGACAGUGGCUUAUCUGGGCACGUACAUCGGCGGUGUGACAUUCAGUGGUUCUUUGGUAGCUUAUGGAAAGUUGCAAGGUUUACUGAACUCGGCUCCGCUUAUGUUACCUGGCCGGCAUUACUUGAAUGCUGGAUUACUUGCAGCUUCAGUGGGUGGAAUCGUGCCGUUUAUGCUGGAUCCCAGUUACACCACAGGCAUGACUUGCCUACUAAGUGUCUCUGCUCUGUCAACAGUCAUGGGUGUGACUCUAACAGCAGCCAUUGGUGGAGCCGACAUGCCUGUUGUGAUUACUGUGUUAAACAGUUAUUCUGGCUGGGCCUUGUGUGCAGAAGGUUUUCUCCUGGACAACAAUUUAAUGACAAUUGUUGGCGCUCUAAUUGGAUCUUCUGGUGCUAUACUGUCCUACAUCAUGUGUGUGGCCAUGAAUCGUUCAUUACCCAAUGUAAUCUUGGGUGGAUAUGGAACAUCAUCCACUGGCACAGGCAAACCCAUGGAAAUUGUGGGAACUCACACUGAAGUUAAUGUGGAUCAGGCUAUUGAAAUGAUCAGAGAGGCUAAUUCAAUUAUUAUCACCCCAGGUUGGGGCUUGUGUGCUGCAAAAGCUCAGUAUCCAAUUGCUGACAUGGUCAAGAUGCUAGUUGAACAAGGGAAGAAAGUCAGAUUUGGAAUACAUCCUGUGGCUGGUCGAAUGCCUGGUCAACUUAAUGUGCUUCUGGCUGAGGCAGGUGUACCUUACGAUGUUGUUUUAGAAAUGGAUGAGAUCAAUAAUGAUUUCCCAGAAACUGAUUUAGUUCUGGUUAUUGGUGCCAAUGACACUGUGAAUUCAGCAGCACAGGAAGAUCCUAAUUCGAUAAUUGCUGGCAUGCCAGUUUUGGAGGUCUGGAAAUCUAAGCAGGUUAUUGUGAUGAAGCGAACUCUAGGAGUUGGCUACGCUGCAGUUGACAAUCCCAUUUUCUAUAAACCCAACACUUCAAUGCUGCUCGGUGAUGCAAAGAAGACAUGUGACGCUCUGCAGGGCAAGAUUCGGGAAAUGGAAAGCUAAACAUUGAGACAAAAAUGUUGUGCUGAAUAAAUCAAUUCACUUCCACAAUUUUAUAGUUUGAGGAUGACAGGAACAAACGGAAUGCAUAAUCCAGAGGAAAUAUGAAAAUAAAUAUUUUACUGUAUUAUUUGCAUUCAGGUUAUCUGCUUAUUAAUCUUAAUUGUCUUUUUUUCUGUAAGUUCCAGUCAGGGAACUUGCACCAACUCACAAUGGUUUAAUUCUAGAUUUGAUCAGUAAAUACUGGCAUAAUAAGGAAGGGCGCUUGAUGGUUAGUGUGGAUAAGGAAGGUUGAAGGACCUGUUUCUUUGACAUUGACUCUAUAACAAGUAGGGUGUACCAUUGGAUUUCUGUUCCACAUUUGAAUUUUUCAUUUCUUGAUUUUGUUUUAAAAAAAUCAAAUUAUUUAGUUUUUUUGGUGGUGGGGGGAAUAAUACACAAACAAUGAGGGUGAAUGAAAAGAAAUUUUCAAAGCUGAUCAGAAAGCUUUACGAAUUUGCUUUAAUUGCUAACUGCUUCAAACCUAAUGGUUUUGUUUGAGAUAGUUGGAUUUAACUGUUUAGUUCAAAGUCAUUUUUUAUUCCCCAAAAAAUCAGGAAUGAAAUCCAUAGCAGAAUUGAGUCGUCUUUUAGAUUAGAACAUUAACUGAGCACCCUACAAACCUGUCAUUCAGUAUAGUCAUGUCUGAUCUGCCUGUUGUCUACAACCCCCUGUAGUCUGUGUCAGCCAUGAAAAUUGGCAUAGAGAAUUCUAAAGAAUUGCAUCCCUCUAAAAUGAAAAUUCUCUUCCUAUUUUAAUGAGAAAUUAUUUUCGUGACACAAGUAGUGACCUCCUCAGAUGAAGAUUAUCACCUAUGCAAAAAUUCACCUCAGAAUUGUGAUUCUUACAAAUUCCAGAGCGGGAUACCCAUUUGAGUUGGAGGCAAUAGAUGCUCUAUGAUGAAGGAAAAGAUAAGAAUGUGUAAUGAGUGGGAGAGUGAAGAUUACAGACAAAGCAAGAAUUCUAGGAAGGGAAUUCAAUGGUUACGGCAAAAAGAAAUUAGCAACAUUAACAACCAUCACUUGUGUGACCAGCCUAUUGAUGGUAUCCCACAGGAAGAUGCCAGCUCUUUAAUUGGUGAUGCAAACAAAUUAGUUUACAAGGAUAACUUUUCAUAAAAGAUCUUAGUGAUCCCAAAAUUCUUCAAAGUGCAUUAAUGCCAUUUAAAUUCUUUUUGAAUGUAGACCCAUUUCGAAUAUUCACAGCAAAUUCAUACAUAACAGUAAUGUGAUCAUGUCCAGAUAAUUUUGCAUUAGUGAUGUCAAUUUGAGAGUUUAACAUUGGCCACAGUAUCAGAGAUGGUUCAUCUGUUUCACCUUAUUAAAGUGUCAUGGGAUCUUUCACAUCCACCUGAGAUGAUGUUAUUUGCAUAUUGGCACAUUUCGCAGUACUUCUGUCUCCCACUUCUGCACUGGAAAGUUGGCCUACAUUUUGUACUCCAGUGUCUGGAAUGAGAUUUAAUUACCCUCUAAGCACUCAAGAAGCAAAAAUUAUUUCAACUGAGCAAUGGCUAACAUUCACUAGGAGGUAAGACUGCCAAAAUCUGAUGUAAGUUUCUGAAUAAGUACAAAAUUUCAGUAACAAAUGUUAAAUCACAACAUGAGACUAAAUUAUAUAAAGGAAUUUUAUUGUCGCAAACCUUCCUUUGUAGAUAUUAGCAAUGUUAUCUGUGGCUAUAACUUCAUGUUAGUAGUAUGAAAAUAAUGAAAUUGCUGUUAACUUAUUUUAAAUUAUGAAGUUGAGAUUUCAACAGCAUCUGAAGGAGAAAGUAUGUGAUUUUAGGAGGACCCUUUAACAGAAAAUUGUGAACACAUAGUUCUCUAUAUUAGCAGAAUCAGAAUGUUAUGUGACUAGAUGGGUAGGAAAACAAUUUCAAGCUGAGAAUAACUAAUUAAAAAAUGAAUCUACAAAUUUGUAUUUUAGAAAAGUUGGCUUUUGGAACAAGUAACAAUAAUCACUUAAUUGUAAAUGGAUGCCUUGAACAGACUUUCAAAAUAUGCUGUUGUAUUUUCAAUGUGACUAAGUAACUGCUAAUUACAGAAAACUUGAAUGUCAA